CACCACUCCCCUUUCCCUUGUUCCUUGCUCCUCCCACACCAUCUAUCUCUUCCUCCCUCGUCCCUCAUCAGGCCUGUGACAGUUGACAAAGAUCUCAUGGCCGCCAACACCAGCCGCAUGUCCAUGAACCGACCUGCUGAUGACCAGCCUUCGCUAGCAUCCUCCACACACCACCCUAGCCGGGGGCUCGGCUCUGAGGAGGAGAACCUCGCUUUGUCUCUGAUGAUGCUGGCCAGCGGCAUCCGAGAUGAGCAUCAUGUAUUUCUCGACCAUGUUACCAUGCGACCACCGCCGCCGCCUCUGCCACCACAUGUGGCAGAUGUUCCAGCCCAUGAUUUAACCCAAGGUGCACCGACGGUCGAGGUGAACAACCAAACGUCGGCUCCAAGGCAAGGUCCCAGCAUACAAGCGUCGUCGUUGUCCUCGGCAAUCGCUGCCAGGCCAAAUAUGGUGAUGGAGCAGGUGGUACCACUAAGCCAAGCAUCGAGCCCGGUGAUCGUGACUCAACCAACGCCCGUUGUGCCGUUGGCAUCCACCCAAGCGCGGUCCGUUGUCUCGACGAACAAAGUGCCAUUCAUCAACCCCAACAAAGCGUCCACACGACCAAUCAAGCCCUGCAAAUUGCUCAAGACUGUGGCCACGACGGUGGAGAGCCAACAACAGCUGCACGAGUGCCCGGUGUGUCUCAAGAGGUUCAGCAAGUCUCGGGGCCUUAAUGUGCACAUGAAAAGCCAUCCAGAUGGGAGGAUGCACCCGUGUGUAUGGUGCAUGAGCACUUUCCCCAACUCCUCUGCGCUCCGCUCACACGUCAGGCGCAGCAAUACCUGCGGCGGGAACAAGCCGAGAAAGCUUGGACCCGUGGCCGCGGCGGCGAUCGCAUGGCACACCAUCGACCUGAACAUGCCGGAGAUUUGAUUAGAACGGCCAUGCAGAAGGAGGGUGAGAUCACUGACAAAGAACUCGCGGUUGGUGUGUUAAUGUGGCAAUAAAUGUCAUUUCUGGUCUUCAUAUUUGAGUCUGGCAGUUUCAAGUUGGCCAGCAGCUGUAGCUUUUAAUUUUGGUUGCUAGCUUAAUCUUUUAAAUUUAUUUGACCAUGUUUGUUACUUGGAGCAUUGUUCUAUCUUUCUCUCUUAUAUGUCCUUCGUCUUGCACAUGUUGUUGCCUUUACAUUCUUGAAUAAACUUUAUUUUGCUUUUA